AGCCGGUUUGUUUUUUUUUAAAUUUAUGCGCAACGCGUACAUAGUUGAUAGAAUUCGGAAUUGGUCCUGCGUAUUAUAACGCGUAGCAUAUAUCCGUGAAGAUAGAUUGUACCGACUUCGCGUGAACUGUCGAAAGGCUGGCUAUUUAGUUAUUUUAAAGGCAAACUUUAUACCCCUGCAGUCAGUUUAUAUUUCCAUACAAUCGUGGGAGUAUCACCGAGCUAAAUACAUAAAAUAUGAUGGCCGGAAAUUGGUAUAGUUUAACCGGAGCGGCGAAGCAAUUGGUUAAAAAUCUGGUGAUAAAAAAGGGCAAUGCAACAAGAAGACCAAGAACUUUGGGUCACUUGGUUACUCGCACUACAUCAUCAUUUCACUACGUUCAACACACGGCAACUGACUGCACUUCAAUGCCGGACAAUAUGUCGAGCACUAUUCACAAAAACUUAUGGGACACGGAUUACGAGCUGUUCGAUUUAAUGAAAAAGGAGAAAAAGCGACAAGAGUGUGGGCUGGAAAUGAUUGCGAGUGAAAAUUUUACCUCUCUUAGCGUACUCCAAUGCCUCGGAUCUUGCCUAGGAAAUAAAUACAGCGAAGGUCUUCCGGGACAGAGAUAUUACGGUGGAAACGAAUUCAUUGAUCAAAUUGAAUUACUUGCUCAAAAACGUGCCUUAGAAGCUUACAAUCUAAAUCCAGAAGAAUGGGGAUGCAAUGUUCAACCGUACUCCGGCAGUCCGGCCAAUUUUGCUGUCUACACUGGUCUGGUUGAACCCCAUGGGCGUAUAAUGGGUCUAGAUCUCCCCGACGGAGGGCAUCUAACACAUGGAUUUUUCACCGAAACCAAGAAAAUCUCUGCAACAUCGAUAUUCUUUGAGUCGAUGCCUUACAAGGUGAAUCCUGAAACAGGAUACAUAGACUACGAUAAACUUGAAGAGACUGCAAGAUUGUUCAAGCCAAAGAUAAUUAUAGCCGGUACAACGUGCUAUAGCAGGUGUUUGGACUACAAACGUUUUAGGGAAAUUGCUGAUCAACAUGGAGCGUAUCUCUUCAGCGAUAUGUCGCAUAUUUCUGGGCUUGUUGCUGCAGGUGUUAUUCCCAGCCCGUUUGAAUACAGCGAUGUUGUUUCUACUACAACUCAUAAGACGCUCAGAGGACCACGUGCCGGUGUAAUUUUCUUCCGGAAAGGCGUUAGAAGUACAAAUAAGAAGGGUGAAAAGAUUUUGUAUGACCUGGAGACCAGAAUAAAUCAGGCUGUGUUUCCCGGCCUGCAAGGUGGCCCACAUAAUCAUCAAAUUGCUGCCAUUGCCACAACAAUGAAGCAGGCUAAGUCUCCCGAGUUCAUUGCUUAUCAAAAACAAGUAUUAGCUAAUGCAAAAAGACUCUCGGACAGUCUUCAAAAACUUGGUUACAAAAUUAGCAGUGGUGGCACCGACGUGCAUCUCAUCUUAGUUGAUCUGAGUACCACUGGUAUCAGCGGAGCCAAAGCUGAGAGGAUACUAGAAGAUAUUGGAAUCGCAUGCAACAAAAAUACAGUUCCUGGGGAUAAAAGUGCAUUAAAUCCAAACGGUAUCAGGCUUGGAACACCGGCUUUGACUACUAGGGGUUUCAAGGAAGCUGAAAUUGAUAAAGCUGUUAAUUUCAUUCAUUCAGGUAUAGAACUGGCUAAAGAAGUCACGGCUAUAUCUGGACUUAAGCUCCCGGAAUUUAAAAGGGUAUUAGAUACUGAUGUGGCAAUAAAGGUAAAGGUCCAAGCACUUCGUACAGAAGUAGAAAAAUUUGCCUCACAAUUCCCCAUGCCAGGUCUGAAAGAGUAUUAAACAUGUGUAUCCAAAAGAGAUACAGCUAGAUAGAUUUCUACUAACAAGAAAGAUCAGUUCGGUGUCCGCCUCCGAUUUAGUUACAACUCAUGUAUAUUUGUAGAACAUUAAAAAAGGUUUCAUUCAUGAAUAGGAACAUUUCAGCAUUGGUUUCAUUCAAACACAUCGUGUACAUCAAGAAAUUACCAUGUUGGGUUUCCAUCUUUGGGUAUCGUUUUCAUCCCUUCAAACCGUUUUUCCGCUGAUAAAAACAAGGUGUGUUUUAGUUUUCAAUGUUCUACAACAUACACGAGUUGCAUCAAAUUCGAAGGGGGAUAUCAAAUUGGUUCCUGGUAAGAUAUAUCAUUUACAAUGAUUAAUACUAAAUGAUAAUAUAAUUGGAAAAUAUUUUCGUUUGAGAAAAGAGCAGGUUGGAAUAUAGAUCUACGUCUUAUAAUUUUAAUAUUGAGUCAUGCUCAAUAUAACGUACAUAAAAAUUUUUCCAUAUUGUAACUCCCGCUCAAUCAUACUAGAAAGACUUACAAUCAAGCAGUGAGCUACUUUUAAAAAAAUCGAGGUUUGCUUUGAUAGAUAUAAUUCCGUAGUUUUCCUAUACAUACAAUAGUGGUCUAAAUUAUAUUUUUAUUUCUUUGUAUAAAAAUCAAAAUCAUUUCCCAAACCUGUGCAGUAACGUAACCUACAAUUAUAAUAUCACCAAUUAUUUUAUAAGAAAUUAACGUUAUUUACCUUCUGUAUCGAUCAUGUAGGACUGGUUUUUUUUUUUUUCUUUUUGGAAUAACAUUUAAGAGUUAAUAUUUUAUAGUUAAAACUUAUGUAUGCAUUAAAAUUGUAAAGGAUUGCGAAGAAGGAAUUGUUUUUAUUGAAAUUGCAUGUAAAUGGCUUACGAGAUAAAAAGUAUUUAAUAUCCGAGCUAAAAAUCCUCGAUAAAAGUCUCAUGUUUAUAUUUUUUAUACUGAAAAAUAAAAUACACAAAUAAAAACCACCUGUUAGUAUUUUACAGUUUUUUAAAGUUAAUAACGAAUUCUGUAUGUGAAAAGAUAGUGGAUUAUCAUUUUGUAUUUUUAUUUUCAAUAUGUUAAGGAUCUAGAAUUUGUUUUUCCUCAAUUAAAUAGAUUAUUAUGCCACUGUCGGAGAUUAAUUUUAAUUCACGUAAUAAAGCAUUAUAGUAUUUCAUACUAAAUAUUAACUGUUGCGUAAUUGAGCUUUUGCUACACGCUAUACUACUGUAAAAUAUAUUUGCUCGUAUCUCUUAACACUGUUUUAACUUACUUUGGAAAGAUUCUCAGCCUGUACAUUGAUUGCUCAAAUGAUGUGUUAUCUAAAAUUUGUUUUACAAAUUACAUAGAUACUUUUUUAAGCAUUUUUCUACUGCGCCCUAAAAUUGUUAAUAUUUCGAUAAACCAGAAGUUAAUACAAACUCGUAAAUAUCGGAUUCAUUUCAAUGCGUAAAUUAAUAUAAUUUUAAAUCCUAUCAUAUGACAGAAACAGCAUCAGCAAUCGAUAGAUCAGAAAAAAGACUAAUUAUUUUCAUGAAGUAAAAGAUUGGAAGUAAAUCGAAAAAGUCGAACAAGUAAAGUGGACCUUGUUCGCAUUAAUAAAAAUCUAUAUACACAAUACCAGUCAAGUAUUCAUAAAAUUACAUGCUAUAUUGAAUAAGAGGCGAGAUGAAAAAAAUUUGCCAUUGAAAGGUAUGUACUGCAAUAAUUAUUACUUUUGUACAUUAUUUAAGUUGACUCAUAGUCUGACAUCUUACAGCUUACUAAAAUUGAUAAUAAUAUACAAUGUCUAAAAUAGUCAAUAUUCUGACGUCGGAUGUGUGAACUAGCCUUGUACUUUGAUUUUGACGUUUCUUUACAUUAUUCGUUAGUAGAUGAAUAUUAUUCAGUUUUGUUACGUGUCUUCACUUUAACUAAUCGCAUGUGGUAUUAGUGCAGUUUAUAUUUUUAAGAAAAAAUUAUUAUGCUAAAUAUUUUUUCCUUUUAUUUCUCACAUUAUUUAGAGUAUACAAAAUAACACUUUAAACCGAUUCGUAUCACUUCCAAAAUGUACACGGUUAUUACUAUAAGUUUUCUUUAGAGCCAGAUUUCAAAAAGGGCACAUUAGAUAUUAUAUGCUUUGCCUCCUGAAUGUGGAAUAUCGAGUUUUAGAAUAACUAUCUCAUUUUAAAUCGCUUAGUUUCGCGUAUUUAUAAGCUAAUUUGUUAGCACACGGUUUAGUAUAAAAAAAACCUAAAAAUCUCACAUGUUUGUCAAUAGAUUAUUAGAAACGUAAACGGCGAAAAAUAAAGUAAAAUAAAGUCAUACAAACUGAAUGGGCAUCGACCAUGAAUUUAUGUUUUUUAUAUAUAUUAUUAUUUUGAAGAAUUGAAAUUUACGCAAAAAUAAAUAAAAUUCUGUACACUGCUUCUACAAUCCAUAUAGGUACAAUGAUGAAUACGUAAGAAUGCAUAUUCAGAUAUAAAUAAAUCUCUAAAUGUAGGCAUUUUACAACCCUUCGAAUGUUCAUCAAUAUGUACCUAUGUAUAUUAUUAUAUAUUUAUAUAUCUUAGAGUGGGUUCUUAUUUGGGGGUCUGAAAUAUUUUCAUUGCAAUGCCCCCCAGACCUGUUCCAAAUCAUAUAAAAAAUUUGUGUAGUUUCAAGCCGUUACAUUACUGAUACACGUGCCUCUGCGAGUUUGGGUUUUCCCAU